AUGUUGGCGGCGCAUCGCGACCAAGAGAAUCUGGUCGUUAGCCAGCAAGUUCCGACCAAACAGCAACACAGUGCACGAUUUCCAAAAACCCCAUCUCGAUUUCCUCAGCAUGACGAGAAUGCUCCCACAGCCUUUACUGGCAAGACCGGACUGGGUGGAGUGAAGACGCUGAACAAAGGCAAUGGAACACGACAGGCCAUAGUCACCCCGAUGGGUACCCAGAAUCGAGCUCCUUUGGGCAACAAGACCACCAAUGCCAAGGCUAAGAACGGGCAGCUUGGUGGUGUUAAGAACAUCAUCCAGGGUAUUGAGCAAACACAGCUCAAACCAACGGCACAGAAGCCCAAGCAGCGACCAGUGGAUCUUGCACCUCUCGAGAUUCGACUCAAGGAAGAACAGAAGCCCAUUGAGUCACAAGAAGAAGAACCGGAAUAUGCCCCGCCGAAGCCCAAGGAUCUCCCAUAUGAAUCGGACUGCUUCCCCAAGGAUAUGCUGACCCUCGAGGGCUUGAAGAAAGAAAAUAUCAUGAAGGGAUACUAUCAGCACUUCUACAACCCAAUCGAUGAUGAUGGUGUUUCUAGACAAGACCGGGAGUUUGCAGAGACAAUGAAGAAGGUUGCUGCCAAGGCGGAGGAGAGAAAUAAGCAAGAGAGGGCUGCUUUAACCUUCAACAUUGAGGAUCUUUCGGACACCGAAAUGCAGAUCAGGGCACCAGCACCAAAGGCUACUAUUGCGGACUCGGAACGGAAGGUCAAGGGCAUCCGAACCAAGCAGCCUUCGAGUCUGGCAUCAAGGCGAGCUGCCUCUGCUUUGUCAAUCCACUCAGACGCCAGUAGCAACAGCAAGGCUUCGAGUGUGGCACGAACAACGAAGGUUCGAAAGCCUCUCACCUCUUUGUAUCAGAGCAAGAAGCCUGUCGUCAGAAGUGUGGUGCCUGCCAAGACAUCGACUGCAGAGAGUGCUACUGGCGUUGCUGCAUCACGAACCACUAUUGGCUACAAUCGAGGUAGAUCAGCAUCCUCAAUGGUCAACGCUCAACGUCGCGGGCCUACGGCACAUGUUGGAACACAGCGUGCUGUCAAGUCUGUCGAGACAGUCAAUUCUCUUCAGUCUGAUCUCACUAUAACCCCAGCUCGCCUCCGUCAAGCGGUGAAGCAGCAGCAGGAAGCCAAGCCGAGACCUCAGUUCAUGUCUAUCUUCGAUGAAGAUGGAGAUGAUGAUCAUCUCCCACCUCUGAGCCAACCGCUUGGCCUCUCUGACGAUGAAGAGGAGGAGUUUGAGCUGAAGCUGAACUUCUAA